AUGGAUUCCAAUAAUGAUUUAGAUCAUCAAAAUUAUGAAGUUGUCAAUACUAAGAGCUAUGAAAACGAAGUUAAACGUGGGGCAACUAUUAUGCAAAAGGUCAUCAAAGCAAGAAGUAAUGAAAUUAAAUUUGAGCUUCAAGAGACGAAAUCCGAUCAACCAGUAGGUCGUCAUACUUUGUGGAAGGAGACUCGUUUAAAUAAAGAUGGAAUAGUUGAUAAUGAAAAUGUUCAACAAGUGAAAACACAAUGUGAGAAUCUAGAACAAUGUUCUGAAAAUCCAGAGGAGAAUACACAAGUUAGUUGUAGGGACAUACUUGGUAAGACUCAUCAUCAAAACAAGAGAGUUGUGAAAAUGAAUAUUACAUUGUUCUUUGUUUUUUGUUUAGUGACUAGUAGUAUUGGUCACAUGGUUCAUGGUAUGCAUAGUAUGUUGAAAGAAGAUUUUGAGUUGGAGAGAAAACUAAUGCUCAUUAAAAAGUCACCUAUGAAGAGUAUUCAUACAAAGUCAGGGUACAUAGUUGAUUGUGUUAACAUUAAGAAACAACCGGCUUUUGAUCAUCCUUUGUUAAAGAACCAUAAAUUGCAGCGUAAACCAAGUAGUGAAAGAAACAUUAGUGAAACAGAUGUCCAUAUUUCACCAACCAAAUCCAAUUUUGAGAUUGAGAAAGUUUCGUGUCCAAAAGAAAUUGUCCCUAUUCGGAGAGUAACCAAAGAUGAUCUCAUAGGAGGCAUAUCUUUAUUCAAUGGUCAAAUUCUAGCUCAAACUAGUUCUCGUAGACAUUCUACUCAUAUAUCUCUUAUAAAAUAUGAUGCUCCUUACUUUGGAGUUAGUGGAACAACUAGUGUUUAUAAUCCAAAAACUAUUAAGGGCCAAUCAAGUUCAAGUCAUAUAUAUGUUGAAAAUGGCCAGGGAGAUAGUACUAAUAAAAUCGUUGCUGGAUGGCAUGUAUCUCCUGAAUUAUACAAUAAUGACGCAACUCAUAUCUACUCAUAUUGGACACAUGAUAAUUUCAAGACUGGAUGCUACAAUAUACUAUGCAGUGGUUUUGUUCAGACUGAUCGCUCAUAUUACCUCGGUGCACGUGUAGCACAAACAUCUACUUAUGGCGGAAUUAUGGUUGAAUUGCCAAUAUCUCUUUUUCAGGACGAAAAAACCAAAAAUUGGUGGUUAACUGUGGCAAACAAAAAUAUUGGUUAUUUUCCAGCAUCCUUAUUCACCAACUUGGCGACAGGUGGUCUAGUAGGAUUAGGUGGACAAACAGCAACUCAUGUCGGUGUUCCUAGUCCUUCAAUGGGAUCAGGGCAUUUUCCAGAUGAUGAUUUUGUCCAUACUUGUUAUUUUAGGAAUGUUGCAUAUCAGAAUGCAUCUAGACACUUUUCUGGACCUCCUGAAUAUUUGAUAGAAAAAUUCAAUGAUGCCCCUAAAAAUUGCUAUCAAAUUCGUUAUAAUGACGAUUUUCCUAGUCCAAUUGGUCAUGCUCUUCAAUUUGGAGGACCUGGUGGUAAUUGUGACAAUUAAUUGUUAUAAACAAGUUUUUGUGUAUGUAGUAUCAUAAUAAAUAACAUAUUUACUUAUUUUUCUAA